AUGUUGAAGCAUUGGUUGCCAAUCUUGCUUCGAGCUGGAAAAAAGUCCAGUCUUAGCCAGAAGGAAAAGAACUUGUUCCUCUCAAUUUUCAGUCAUCAUUCUUCUUUCUCUCACUGCAGUCUUAUACAUUCAACAGAACACAACAACACCAAGAGAGCCUUCUCAACUACUUUCCAAAAUCUUUUGCGUGUUUCUUCUCCUAAACCACCUAGUGAAGAAUCCGCAGAAAGUUUGAGAGAAAAGGCUGAGAGGAUUAAAAGAAUGAAAGCCGAGGAGAGAAAGAACAAUCCUCAACCACCUCCACAACAAGAGGAGGAAACAAACAAAACUGAAAAUACAUCUGAACAAUCAACAGAGGAGAAAACAUCAAGUGAUAAAUCCGACAAGUCAAAAUCAAAGACUGACGAAAAAAAGAAGAAAACAGCUGAUUAUGAGGAUAUGGGAGACUCUCAAGCAAAAGAAAAGGUUCGCACCAAGCCAAAUUGGCAUUAUUAUGGUAUGAAAUAUACAUUACCAGUCGUUACUUUGAUAGCUCUGUAUAACCUCUUCAGUGCUUUUGCAGAGAAAGGGUUCAGCUUGAAAAAUAUGCAAGAAAGAUUUGAGGAACUUAUUUCUCCUUUGAAAAAACCACAAGUCUCCAGAUUGCUGCCAGAUAUUCCUCAAGGUCAACCAAUUAAGCCAGUACUUGUUGUACCAGUCGAAAAUUUCCUCAUUUAUUCCUCGUAUAAUUCACGUACUGGUUGGAAAACUCAAAAACGUCCUGGAGUGGAUCAAUUUUUACAAGCUCUUUCCAAACAUUUUGAGAUUGUAUUUUUCUCUGACAAUUACAUGUCACCAUCUCUUGCUCAAAUGUUAGAAAAAAUUGAUCAAUAUCAAGUGGCUCACAAGCUUUUCAAGGAUGCCACUGUCACAGAAGGAACAAGAAAUAUCAAAGAUAUUUCACUUUUGAACAGACCUUUGGAAAAAAUUAUCAUGAUUGAACACCGUCCAGACGCCUACAGCAAACAACCAGAAAAUACCCUUAAAAUAACACCUUGGAAGGGUGAUACUCAAGAUAGAACUCUUGUUGAUUUGAUUCCAUUCUUGGAAAUGGUUGCAACAAAAGCUGGCAGAAUUGAUGUGAGGACCAUUUUGCAAGAGUAUGGCAACAAGGAGAAAUUUGCUCCAGAAAUUGCUCGUGAUUUUAUUAACAUGUUGGAAAAGAGAAGAAAGGAACGAUCUCCUCAAACUGCUACUCAACCCGCUAGUGAAGAAAAAGCUCCCUCACAAGGUGGAGGUUGGUUUGGAUUGAGAAAGUAA